AUACAGUAUCUAUAUGAAUGUGUGAAUGUGCUAAUACUAGCUGGUCGUCGUUAUCAGCCAUCAUAGCGUUUUGUAGGCGAUUAGUAAGCUGACGUCGUCGCUGCGUGAAAUUGAAAACAGUUCAUUACUUGGAGCGCGCCCGUUUGGACGACAAACACUCCUCCAAAAACCAAAAAAAAUAUAAAGAAAAAAAUACGAAAUUAUUUAAAGUAAUAUCAAAUUCAUCAACAGAAUGCGUCCAUUUACCGGCAGCGAUUGUUUCAAACCCGUCACCGAGGGUAUCAAUCAUGCCUUUGGAGCCAAAGAGCCUUGGCAAGUGGCCACCAUAACAGCGACCACAGUUUUGGGAGGAGUUUGGAUUUGGACCGUACUCAGCCAGGAUGAAAGCAUUUACUCCCGCGGCAAACGUCAAUUCUUUAAAUUGGCCAAAAAGUUACCCGUCGUUCGCCGUCAGGUGGAAGCCGAGUUGGCCAAGGCUAAAAACGAUUUCGAAACUGAGAUUAAAAAGAGCAACGCUCACCUCACCUAUAAUCUAAGUCUACCCGAGAAGGGUCUGAGCAAGGAGGAGAUUCUGAAACUUGUGGAUGAUCAUCUGCAGUCGGGUCAUUAUAGUUGGCGCGAUGGUCGUGUCUCUGGUGCGGUUUAUGGCUAUAAACCAGAACUGGUGGAGCUUGUCACCGAGGUAUAUGGCAAGGCAUCGUACACAAAUCCCCUGCACGCCGAUCUCUUUCCGGGUGUAUGCAAAAUGGAAGCUGAAGUGGUACGCAUGGCCUGCACUCUGUUCCAUGGUGAUAUUAAUACAUGCGGCACCAUGACAACCGGAGGCACUGAAUCCAUUAUAAUGGCCAUGAAGGCAUAUCGUGAUUAUGCCCGCGAAGAGAAGGGUAUCUAUCAGCCAAAUAUCAUUGUGCCACGCACAAUUCAUGCUGCCUUUGACAAGGGUGGCCAAUACUUUAAUGUCCAUGUCCGCUAUGUGGACGUCGAUCCGGAGACCUAUGAAGUGGAUAUCAAACAAUUCAAACGUGCCAUCAAUAGGAAUACCAUUCUGCUUGUUGGCUCUGCCCCCAAUUUCCCAUAUGGCACAAUGGAUGAUAUUGAAUCAAUUGCCGCUUUGGGUGUUAAAUACAAUAUUCCCGUGCAUGUGGAUGCCUGUCUGGGUAGUUUUGUGGUCGCUCUGGCCCGUAAUGCUGGCUAUCAGAUUCGUCCAUUUGAUUUUGCUGUGAAAGGUGUCACCAGUAUUUCCGCUGAUACCCACAAAUAUGGUUUCGCUCCCAAGGGCUCUUCGGUUAUUUUGUAUUCGGAUAAAAAAUAUAAGGAUCAUCAGUUUACCGUCACCACCGACUGGCCUGGCGGUGUCUAUGGCUCACCGACUGUUAAUGGUUCUCGUGCUGGUGGCAUCAUAGCUGCCUGUUGGGCCACCAUGAUGAGUUUCGGCUACGAUGGUUACUUGGAGGCCACCAAACGCAUUGUGGACACCGCUCGCUACAUUGAGAGAGGUGUGCGCCAAAUCGAUGGAGUUUUUGUCUUUGGCAAGCCUGUGACCUCUGUGGUUGCCAUUGGCUCCACUGUGUUUGAUAUUUUCCGCCUAUCCGAUUCACUCUGCAAGCUGGGAUGGAAUCUGAAUGCCUUGCAGUUCCCAUCCGGCAUUCACAUCUGCGUUACUGAUAUGCACACUAAACCUGGUGUGGCUGAUAAAUUCAUUGCCGAUUUGCGUAGCUGUGUGGCUGAAAUUAUGAAAGAUCCUGGUGUACCUGUUGAGGGUAAAAUGGCAUUAUAUGGCAUGGCUCAAAGUAUACCCGAUCGUUCAGUUAUUGGUGAAGUUACUCGCCUAUUCCUGCAUUCUAUGUACUAUACACCCGAACAGAAAUAAGAACUUACCACCUCGAAGUGAACAAUACCUAAGCAUUUCUAUAUAUAUAUAUAUAUAUUUGUAUAUUUGUAUAUGUAUUUUCCAUACCACCCAAAAACCGAAAAUCCUGUUGUUUGUUAAUCCACCUCUUAAGUAAUACAUUCUAUAUACUAUAUACAACGAAGGUACAAAGCUAAGAAGGAAAAAAAACAAUGCUUUUAGUUAAACAAAUUCAACGUUUUUAAAACGAAUCAUUCGCUUAUUGUUCCAUUUAUAAAUUUGUAAAGUUUUUCUAUAUUCGUACUAUAUCAUGUUAUGUAAAAAUAAAUAAAUUUUUGUAUAAUCGAAA